AUGCAACUGAUCCAGACUCUGCUGCCUAUCGCCGGCCUGCUCGCCAUGGCCAGUGCAUGGGGUGAGACAGGCACUUACUGGACUACUGUCGUCACGACUGCAUACACUACAUAUUGUCCGUCUCCUACAACCUUUGCACUUUCUAAUGUGACGUACACUGCCACUGAGGAGACGACCCUGACCAUUACCAAUUGUCCUUGCACCAUCUCUGUCUCGCAGCCGGCUCCCGUAACUACCACCGAGUAUUGUGACGAGGACCCCAUCGACUACUAUACUGGCACGGGCGGAAGUGGAUCGACCCUCCCGAGCACGGGUACUAAGGCGUUCCCGACUCACGGUAACUCCAGCACCGUCAUUACCUACACACCUCCGGCCACAACCUAUAUCUCCGGUACCACACCCAUUACCCCCAAUCACUCGCCCACUUUCUUUGGCACUGGGUCGUACUCGAGCCGCUCUCCAACCAAGACCCCGAUCGGACCCAGCACCUCGCACCCAGUCACCGUUCCCACUGCUGCUGCCGCCAGGGUUGGACCGGUUGGUUUUGUUCUGGCUGCUGGCAUCGCUGCGAUGGCUCUGUAG